UUGGGAUCGGAUCUCCGGAGAGGGAGACAGAGGAACAGGCAGAAGCCGGGAGAGGAUACUGACACAGAGGGACAACACAGCGGCUAUUUUUACGGCCACUCCACCGCUUUAUCCAGUAAACACCACCCGCCGGCGUCCACAGUGGAGCCAGAGACACAGAGGAAGAGGACACGCAGCCACGCAGCCGACUUUCUCUGAAGUUACACUCCGAAAUUAGCGUCUUAUUUUGGGUUUGUCAGACCGGGGGGACCAUGGCCGAGAAGCUGAUGUGUGAGACGAACUAAAAGUUGCCAGAGUUCGGUGUCGCGGCUGUCGUUAAAUGUUGUGACAUUUUGAGGAGAGCGUAAACUGCUCCAGCGGUCGACGGUCGAGUGGCGGGGUAAAACCCGAGCUGUCAAACCCGAUGACUACUGCAAACUGCGCCGGGAAUGAGGAGCUGGACUUCAGACUGAUUUUCGGAGAGGACGGGCAGCAGCAGCCGUUAGGCCCCGCAGAUCUGGAGCCUGACGACAACACAUCAUUCUACAUCCUAAAUGUGGGCCAGCCCCAGUCUAUCGUCACCAACCACCAGUCUAUUGGCCUGCCUCGUCAUGGCAUGCAGACCCACUCACAGGUCAUCAACACUCCUCCGCGCCUUCAGUCACACAAACAGGGAUCUGAGCCCCCCAAUUUUGAGGCGCAAGACUCAAAAUAUGGCACUUCUCCGCUGCUGCCCUCUGCUCCUGUGGAGGCUCCAAAGGCCUUUGAAUGCCCCAGUAUCCAGAUCACUUCUAUCUCUCCUAGCUGCCAGCAGGAGAUGGAUGCCAGUGAGGAGGACCUGAGGGCAAAUGGGCCUGAUGGGGAUUACCAUGGUGACAGGCCACUGUCCAGAGACCACCUGUAUUUGCCCCUGGACCACUCAUACAGGGACUCUUCCCUCAGCCCUAGCCCAUGCAGCAGCCUCUCCUCUAGGAGCUGGUUCUCUGACGCCUCCUCCUGUGAAUCAUUUUCACAUGUCUAUGAUGACGUGGACUCGGAGUUAAAUGAAGCGGCUGCCCGCUUCACACUGGGUUCCCCACUCACCUCUCCAGUUUGUGCCUCCCCUCAAACUGGUGGAGGGGUUUUGGAGGAGCAACCCCAAUGGCAACACCACCAUCCCGCCUUCGUGCACCACUCCCACUCCAUCAGCCUGUCACCGCGGCAGUCCCCCUGCCACUCACCACGCACUAGUGUCACUGAUGAAAAUUGGCUCAGCCCAAGGCCUCCCUCCAGGCCUUCCUCACGCCCCACCUCACCCUGUGGGAAAAGGCGCCACUCUAGCGCUGACAUCUGCUACCCAGGCUCAGUGUCUCCACAUCGUUCACCCACGCCCACGCCAGGACCUUCACCAAGGGGAAGUGUGACAGAGGACACCUGGGCUGGCAGUCCUUCUGUAGGCAUGUCACCCUUCCAGUGCUGCCCAUCUGAGGCAGACAUCCCAUCCAAGACAAGGAAGACCUCACAGGACAGAACAGCUAUGCAAACUGGGAAAGGGGACAUGGGACUGGAUGACCAAGGGAAUAUGUCUCCUAAUCUAGAUUCUCCUUCGGAUGAAGCCCUGCACAGCCUGAAGAAGGAUGGACCUGGUGAACAAUUCCUCUCAGUGCCGUCACAUUUCCCAUGGAAUAAACCCAAGCCGGGCCAUACUCCUAUUUUCAGGACCUCCUCGCUGCCUCCUCUAGAUUGGCCACUACCUAACCAGUUUGGCCAAUAUGAUUUGAAGAUAGAGGUGCAACCAAAAGCCCAUCACCGAGCACACUAUGAGACCGAGGGCAGCCGAGGAGCUGUCAAAGCAGCAUCAGGAGGCCACCCAAUAGUCAAGCUCAUUGGCUACACUGAGAAGCCCGUCAACCUGCAGAUGUUCAUUGGAACAGCAGAUGACCGUUACUUGAGGCCACACGCCUUCUACCAGGUGCACCGGAUAACCGGGAAAACCGUAGCCACAGCCAGCCAAGAAGUUAUCAUCUCCAGCACAAAAGUUCUCGAAAUUCCUCUCUUGCCCGAAAACAACAUGUCAGCCAGUAUCGACUGUGCUGGCAUCCUGAAGCUGCGGAACUCAGACAUUGAACUGCGGAAGGGGGAGACGGAUAUAGGAAGAAAGAACACACGGGUCCGCGUGGUGUUCAGAGUGCACAUCCCUCAACCCAAUGGGAAGGUGCUGUCGCUGCAGGCCGCCUCCAUUCCUGUGGAGUGUUCCCAGCGUUCGGCUCAGGAGCUGCCCCAAGUGGAGAAAUCCAGCCUGACCAGCUGUCUGGUCAGUGGGGGAGAAGAGAUGAUCAUCACUGGCUCCAACUUCUUCCCAGAGUCCAAGGUCAUCUUCCUGGAGAAAGGCCCUGAUGGACGUCCGCAAUGGGAAGUGGAGGCAAAAAUAAUCCGGGAAAAAACUCAAGGAUCAUGCAUUGUGGUGGAGGUCCCUCCGUACCACAGUAAGACUGUGAGCUCAGCUGUACAGGUUCAGUUUUAUGUCUGCAAUGGAAAACGGAAAAGGAGCCAAUCGCAACGCUUCACUUAUCUUUCAGUCAUGGUGAAGCAGGAACACAGAGAUGAGCUGGACCUUCCUGCAGUGCCCCCUCUGUCCAUGCCCCUGGCACAUGCUGCCAGUCUGGUGCGCACCCAGCUGCCUUCUCCUGAGCAGGGCCACCCAUCGGACAACCUUCUGUCCAGCUCCCCUCAUGCCCUGGCUGCAGGCUCCGGACCUGGCCUGCUACCCCUGCAGGCCCCGUGCCCCUCCUUGGGCUCCCCGUCCUUCCAGCACCUGCCUCACCUCCAGGGUCGCAGUUUGCACCACCCCCCUGCAGACUGCCACAUGACGUUCCACCCGAGCUCUGCUGCUGCUCCUCUUCCUGCUCCUUCCCGGCCCUCCUACCAGCCUCUGCAGCACAGUCACAGUCACGCUCACAGCCUGCCCUUUAAUGGCCAGUCCAGCCUUCCACCUCAAGGCUACGAGAGGCUGCCCUUUCAGCAGAGUCCCAAUGCAGUGUCACACCCAGUGGGCAUGGGAAUGGUGUAUCCUUCUUCUUCUUGCUCUUCUCCAUCAGCUCCGUCCCCCUCGACCCCCAAUCCCAUCGCCGGGUCUCCCCAGAGCCAGCAGCCUCUGCUUACCCCCUCAUCCCCACAUCUUCAUGCGCUUGGUGGCUACCACUGCUCCCCAAAUCCCACCCAGGUGCCCUCUCCCACUGGUCAUCCCCUUGUAGGUCAGCACUCCUCCCCACUGCAGAGGGCCAUUGGCUACCACCCAGUAGGUCAAAGGUCAGCUUCCUGCCCCACACCGUCCAGUGCCCCUCCUCCAAGAAUGAUCCCCUCUCCACACUCAGGGCCUUCUUCCCCUCAGCUCCACUCUUUGCCCUACCAGUCUCCCACCUCCUCAUCCCCCACUUCAGGUGGAAGUCCCCUGGGCCCCCUGCAGCAGCAGCAGCAUUCAGGACAGCCUUCUCCACAGGCAACAAGCCCGGUCAUGGCCAGCUUGUCCCCAGCAGCAGCAGGACCUUUGGUUCACCCUCUAAGCCCUCAGGGUCCGUUCCCCUCAGAGGGGGAAAGACUCAACAUCAAACAGGAGCCCGAGGACAGAGAGCCCACCUUCCGCUCCAUCGGCCUGCAGGACAUCACGCUGGAUGAUGUCAAUGAGAUCAUCGGCAGAGACAUGUCCCAGUCUCCGAGCGCCCAUGGUCCCCCAUCAUCACACAACCAGUCAUAGCUCCACCUUUGCCCUGAUGCACCGUCCACUCCAGCCCUGAAACCCCUCCUGGCCCUGACCCAGAUCCAGGUCCUAGUCCUUGGAUCCUGCGGACGAUGGGACAGGAGAGCAAGAAGAGACAAGUCUGUGGUCAGAGACAGAAUCCAGGUUCCGUAAAGCCACGUGGACCUGUUAGACCACGACGAGGCAAAAGGACGGUCCCGAACACCGAAACGUUUUUCUGAUACUGAGAGACACAGAAUUCAUCAUUUCAUACAGAUUCAGACUGAACAGAAAAGUGAGUGAGUUACAUCACAGGAGACAAGAAAAACCUGCUUUCUUUUUUCUUGUUUCUAGUAACUUUAAAGGUGACAAAGUACGACUGUGGUUGUCGUCGUCGCCUUCUCACCAGCACUGACCUUUACGAAUGAUGACUCAUUUAAGGCUGCGUUCAAAAAGCACAGUUCAGAACAUUCAAGUCCCCCAGCACAACUUUUACCACCAUCAGCCAUCACACUGAAGACAUUAAAAACAGAAAACAGGUUGUACAACUUAAUGCUGUAGAGUUUUAUAAUUUUUUUUUUCCUAUUCAUCCUUAAUGAUGAGAAACAGAAACCAGAAAAAACACACAAAAGAAAAGGUUUGAGUAACGAACAGAACCUUCCAAUCAGUUUUUUGCUCAUGGCGUAGUGAUGAAGACUCUGCCCACUUCUUUUUUUUUUUUUUUUUUUCAAAUGAUAAACCCAUUCAGGUCUGGAGUGCAGGGGCCUGGCAGGGAGGACGACUCCUCUGGUGCUGGUCUGGGAUCUGCAACCUGCAACAUUCCACAACCUUUAGUAACCCUGCAGCCGUGUAGAUAUCUGUACAUGAUUUUCUUCUAUCUUUCUUCUUCCUCUUCUGUUUCAUCUUUCCCUCUUCUGUGUUUCUUGAUCUUCUCCAAGUUGAACAAAUGCCUUAUUGACUUUUAGCAGCUUUGAAUGGUAGCAAAAGCUUUUCUUGUUUUGCACAGCCGGCUUUAAGUUUAGCUCUAUUUUUUUUUUUUUUUUUUUUUUUUUUUAAUAGGAGGUGACUGUGUGACUUAGGUUGGCAGAUACGAGUUCAAGAACCCUGUCGGUUUAAAACCCGAGGGAAAGAGUGGGAUUCAGGACCGAGGCAGCCCUCCUGAUCAGUUAAAGAUUGAUUUGAAGAUGCGCGUUAUUAUGGUGUUACAAAAGAGUGUUUUUAUUGACCCUCAGAGACAGAUCUCUGCCCCUGAAAGAUGUUUUUUCAAGCAAUAACUCCCUAAAUCUCCCAGUGGCCCUUGUGUGCCUUCUAUUUCCUGACAGGCACUUUAACUUUAUGGUGUAACAACCAUGGCAGCAUACAAUCUGAGAACGUUUUUUAAAGUAUUUUCUACAUAAAAAUGUCUAUAUAUAACAUUUAUGCACCAUCCCCUUUUAUAAGUAACAAGGAAAUGUCAGUUUUGAGAAGAACAUCAGGAUGUAACAGGAUGUUUGCUUAAUGUGGUAACAGCUUCUGUUUGGGAUUCAAUCAAACACAUAAUUUUCUGUACAAUUGCAUCCGUACACAAUCCUUUUUUUUCUGCUUUUUUUCCUUUUCUGACAGAUAUGCAGUGCCCAUUAGGCAGCAAUAACACAAACUCAAGAAAAAACAAACCCAUGUGGUGAUACCGAGUGUUUUCAGGCAGGUUUCUUGUCAGAUAUGAUGUGGAUUGUGCACAGAUACAGACGUGUCACUCUGGUUUGCAGAUUUUUGUUGGCUUUUUGCCUUAAGCGUGUCUUUGACAAUGAUGCUCCUGCAUGUGACAGCGGAGGAGUGUUGCUUAUGACAGUUUUGUAAGUCAGUUUCCAGGUGAAAAUGAUUCUGCUAUGCAUUGAAAUUCUGCCUAAUGCCUUUUAAAAUGAGAAAAAAAAAGACAAAAAAGACCUUGAUGCCUAUAGAAAUAGACUGUAGAUGUGUACAUGCUUGACUGAUUCUGCUUGAGUGAUUCUCCUUGGUUUGACCAUCAGCCAAUCUGCCUUUUCAAGGACACAGUGCAAGCAUCUUAAUAGGUACAGAGUGUGUGUGAGUGUGUGAAAGGAUGGUUGGUAUUUGUACCAAAUAUGCUGUAACGAAGGCAAGAAUUUCAGGAGUCCUACUUUCAAAAACAAAAGCACACACAUGCAUUUAGGCUAUGCAAGCUAUAAUCGCAGCAAAUGUGAGAUAUGACGUAAAUAUGAGAAAUGAGAUUAUAAAGUAAUUGUAAUAUUAUGAACUUCACAGAGCAGGACACAAACAUAGACGAAUAGUGAACAUAAUAUGUCACUAUGUAAACUAUUAGGAUGCCUUAACUCUUGUUUGAAACCAGUUUGUCAGUGUGUCUGUUCUGGUUCAUUCUUUUUUCCAUGACAAAGAUUAAUGGGUUAGCUAUGAUAUUGUUUUUUUUUUGUUUUUGGGGGGGAGGGGGGGGUUCACAGGUUGGAUGUUGACAGUUAUGUUGGAGAAGGAGGAUUUUUAAAAAAAAAAUAAAGCUGGUUCUGCAGCUUAGAAAGACGUUAGUCAAGAAAUAUGACACAAAACCAGCAUUUACAGUAAACUCUGGCUGCCGUCCUUCUGUCACAACCAAAGAUCGAACAAUAUGUUCCCAUUUUACAUGAUGGUAAAGCAACAGAGACUGUACAACUCUAUUUUUGAUACUUUGAAAUGGAUGUCAUUCCUAAAAGGUUAGGGACAUGUAGGAGUGUUGACAUAUAUAUAUAUACGCAUAUAUAUCUAUUUAUCUACAUAGAUAUAUAUAUGUAUCUAUAUACCGUAUAUAUAAAAUUUGUAAAAUAAAAGGGAAAUACAGGUUUAGCUGAUGUUUACCAAGCCUUGUAUUGUCAUUUCUUGUAUAUUUUGUAUGUUAAAUUUUUUGUAAUUUUUAAGACUGCAGUGCUUUUUGAAAUUAUUCAAAGGGAAUACCUUGCAUCAUACGGUAGGCUAUAAAGUAGUGUACAUCAAUAAAAACAUAAAACUCAA